AUGGGAUCUUUUGAAGAUGCAAGGCAACUCGUGAACAUACUGCAUCUUCUAGAACGAGCGGCAGGUCAAGCUUCCGAAUGCAACCGCAUUUUGCUCCCAGAUCCACAGUCUGUCGAGGCCAUCACUGCUCGUACCUUGAUUGGUGCUCAAAACGAGGAAGUCAAACGCCACUUGAUUUUUUCAAAGCUCAUCCAGCUUGCAAUCAAAGAAGAUGGAGAACUUCCUUCUGUAUCCAAUGAACACGCUGUUGAAGUUCCUCCUCAUUGUUUUACUCUUGGAGACGAUACCGGCAUUAGUGGUGUUGACAUUAUUGAUGUAAAUGCAUCAUUGUAUCAUUGUGGUAAAGCUAAUGAAGCAGACGAUGAUGAUGAGUCGGCCCACAAUGAAUUUCAACCUCUCACACCUGACAGUGCCAAAUGGCAGGAGUCACAACAAUGGCAAUCCGCGUUCUAA